UUAGUUUUCUCAAAAGAAUCUAUCUAAUAUCUAUUCAUCUGGGGAAGCCCAAAGGCCUCGGGUUCAGUUUUCUAUGAAUUUUACGCUUCCUUUUUUUUUAAUCUCUCUUGUACUAUUUUGGAUUGGUAGUUCUAAAAGUCGGCGGUUUUGAUUAAAACGUGAAAUGGGUUCCUUGGUUUCUCUAGAAAUCUUCAAUCCUUUGAGCAAUCCAAUCCCAGACUCUUCAUUUAACAACCCCAAAUGGGGGAUUGAGAAGGAGAAGAUAACUGAGAUGCAGGGGAAAGCACUAAACAGAAUUCAAUCUAGAAGAGAGAGAAAGAUUGCCCUGCAACAAGACGUUGACAAGCUAAAGAGGAAGCUAAGGCAUGAAGAGAAUGUCCAUAGAGCACUGGAGAGAGCUUUCACAAGGCCACUGGGGGCUCUUCCUCGGCUUCCUCCAUAUCUCCCUUCACAAACACUAGAGCUUCUAGCCGAAGUCGCAGUCUUGGAAGAGGAAGUCGUUAGGCUCGAAGAGCAAGUGGUAAAUUUUAGACAAGGCCUUUAUCAAGAGGCUGUGUAUAUAUCAUCUUCAAAGAAAACCAAAGAGAACCCAUCAGAUUUGUACUUGGAUAAACAGCAAGCCGUCAAUUCUAAAGGCUUUGCUAAUUCAAAUUUGGACGGUGAACCAAAUGAGCCCUCAUCCAAUCGGGUUACCAAUGCGAAGAAGCCCAUCAAGAAGGUCAAUUCUGAAGAUAAUCGAGGAAAAGAGAAUCAUGUCAGUACCAAUUCUGCAAAAAAUAGCAAGCAAUCUCCUGCGAAAAAAGUUCCUAUAAAGAGAAUGCAGGGUGCCGAGAGAUGUCAGAUUAUUUCAGACGAGUCAACAUUGGAGGAUUCUAGUGAGCCAAAUAAACUCUCUGAAGAUAUCUUGAAAUGUCUUCUGAGCAUUUACUCUCAGACUAGUUCACCAACGAACGCAGAAGCAGAGCAAGAGACCUUGCCUUCAAUUUCAGGGUCUUGUGAAGGAUUUCGAGAUCCUUAUGGUAUUUGUUUAGAAUUCGGAAGAAGGGAUAUUGGUCCAUACAAGUAUUUUUUCACCAUUGAAGCAAGCUCAAUUCAGCUAAAUCUUACAACCAGUUCUUCAUUGCUUACUCGUCGAUUGAAGCUUUUAUUCAGGAAGCUUGCAUUAGUGGAACUUUCAGGGCUUACCCAUCAGCAGAAACUUGCAUUCUGGAUCAACAUCUACAACUCGUGCAUGAUGAAUGCAUUUCUUGAGCAUGGUGUACCAUCAACUCCUCAAAUGGUUGUUGCGUUGAUGCCAAAGGCGAUGGUGAAUGUUGGUGGCCACUUUCUCACAGCGAUGACUAUCGAGCAUUUCAUACUGAGAUUACCUUAUCAAUCAAAAAAUACUUACACAAAAGGAUUAAAGAGUGAUGAAAUUACAACACGAGGGAUUUUUGGUUUAGAUUGGCCUGAACCCUCGGUUACAUUUGCACUUUCAUGUGGGAGUUGGUCCUCUCCUGCUGUUAGAGUGUACACAGCAUCUCAAGUUGAAAAGCAACUGGAAAUUGCUAAGAGGGACUAUUUACAGGCAUCUGUUGGCUUCUCGAUGCCAAAUAAAUUGGCGAUUCCAAAAUUGUUAGAUUGGUAUCUAUUAGAUUUUGCAAAGGAUGUGGAGUCUCUAAUGGACUGGAUUUGCCUGCAACUGCCAGAGAAACUGAGGAAUGAUGCGGUUAAAUGUCUUGAAACGGGGAGGAGGAGUGAGAUCACACAACCGAUACAGGUUCUUCCCUAUGAAUUCAGAUUCAGGUACAUUUUGGCCCCAUAGAAACAUCCACUCUACCCUACACUUUAGCACAUUGUGGUCCGUAAACAUAACCAAAGGUUUUUGUACACAUCUCGAGAAUAAAACAGCGUGAAAAUUUAUAAAAAGGCCAUUUGAUUUGUUUGAUA